AAAAAAUCUGUGAUUUGAAAAAAAUUCAUUAUAAAAACAGCAACGACAACAUUCAGAAUUCUGAGAAUCCGAAAAGAUCGCAUAAAAUUUUAUAGAAUCGUUUCGUCAAAUCAAUCAAUUUUAAUCGACAAUAUGGCUUCUGUGAAUGAGAAUCCGGAAUCAAAGAUUGCCGAAAAAGAAGAAGAGAGUAAAUUGAAAGCAAAAUAUCCACAAUUACAGCGUCCAGGACCACAAUUCUUGCAGAAACGUCUUCAAAAAGGACAAAAAUUUUUCGAUUCAGGUGAUUAUAAUAUGGCCAAAGCAGCGGCGGCAAAAGGUGGAACACCAAAAUCACGUUUAUCAGUAAAUCAGUCAUCAACAGGAGCUGGUCCUGCGGUUAGUGGACCACAGCCACCAUUACCGCCAACGGUUGUCGCACCGGUUACAACUGGUGAAGUGAUACCAACACCUGAUUGUCUGGCAACACGAAAAGCAUCAAUUCAUGUUCCAAGUAAAUUGGUUUCGGGUGGACCUUGACUUAAUAAUAAUUAUCAUUUUUUAAAUACAAUUAAAAUGAAUGAAUGAAUGAUGAUUGAA